AUGACACCCGGAACGAAGGGAGAAAGCUGGUCCGAGUCUGCCGGCAAGGAGAGCGGGCACGGUCGAGACGCGAGGAAAUGUGACGGCCAAAAAGAAAAGGAUAAGGAGAUUAAAAAGGGUAGAGAGCAAGCAUUACGAGAGAGAAGAAGAAGGAGAGAAAGAAGGAAAAAAGAAGAAGAGAAGAGACCCAACGGCGACAGGCGAGAUGAAGCAGAAGAAGAGAAGAAGAGCUGA